ACCCUCUCUGCCAAAUCUUUUCAGUUACCGACAAGACAAAAACCUCAACAACACAAGAGCCACGCUCUCCACUCUUCUAUUCAAGUACUAAAAUCAUCUUCGGCUCAUUAUCAUCCCAGUCGCAUAAUAAAACCAUAGUCAUACCUAAAUUGUCAGCAUUUGCAGGUUAAGGAAGAACGGAAGGGAGCAGAACAGUUCGAUUUGGGCAGCUUGGGCUCAAAAGUUCUAAGCUUCUCGACUACUGAAUCAUAAUUUAAAGAAUUUUGUUCUUGCCCUUCUAGUAUGGCGACUUGUGUAUCUCCACCUUUCACGCCAUCUGGUACUCAAAUUUCAGUGGGACGAAGGAUUUCAACAGAAAACCGAAUUGGUAAAACAGUUACCUUCAAAAGGUUUGACAAGAAGAAUGGUUCAUGUGGUGCAUAUGAAAGGAAUGUCUUCAGUAUCCCACAAAUUAGGUGUUCGGUUAACUCUCACAAUAUCAGCCCAAAUCAUAGCAAAGACUCUUUCCUGGAUUUGCACCCCGAGGUUUCAAUGCUCAGAAGUGAUGCAAAUGACACAUACUCUUGUCUGAGAAAGGAGACAUCUGGAGUAAAUGUCACUGAGAGCUCAGGGGAUUCCUCCUUUAUGAGCAACUACAAUGAAGCCAAGAUCAAGGUUAUUGGUGUCGGGGGUGGUGGGUCUAACGCUGUUAAUAGAAUGAUUGAGAGUUCCCUGACCGGGGUGGAUUUUUGGAUAGUGAACACAGAUAUUCAGGCAAUGAAGAUGUCACCAGUGCUCCCAGAGAACCGUUUGCAAGUUGGCAAAGAGCUAACUAGAGGUCUGGGUGCUGGUGGAAACCCAGAUGUAGGGAUGAAUGCUGCCAAUGAAAGUAAAGCAGCGAUAGAGGAGGCACUUUAUGGUGCAGACAUGGUCUUCAUAACAGCUGGGAUGGGUGGAGGAACCGGCACUGGUGGGGCUCCAGUGAUUGCUAGUGUUGCAAAGUCCAUGGGAAUAUUGACUGUUGGUAUUGUGACAACACCAUUCUCCUUUGAGGGCCGAAGACGUGCUGUUCAAGCUCAGGAGGGAAUUGCUGCUCUGAGAAACAAUGUUGACACAUUAAUUGUUAUUCCUAAUGACAAGUUACUGACUGCUGUUUCUCUAUCAACCCCAGUGACAGAGGCAUUUAACUUGGCUGAUGAUAUACUUCGGCAAGGUGUUCGUGGCAUCUCUGACAUCAUUAUGGUGCCAGGUCUGGUGAAUGUAGAUUUUGCUGAUGUUCGAGCUAUUAUGAAAGAUGCAGGUUCUUCUCUUUUGGGAAUAGGAACUGCAACCGCAGGGAAGGCAAGGGCAAGAGACGCUGCAUUGAACGCCAUCCAAUCACCUUUGUUGGAUAUUGGCAUUGAACGAGCUACUGGGAUUGUGUGGAAUAUAACUGGUGGAACCGAUUUAACUUUGUUUGAGGUGAAUGCUGCUGCAGAGGUUAUCUAUGACCUCGUGGAUCCAACUGCAAACCUAAUAUUUGGAGCGGUGAUAGAUCCAUCACUAACUGGUCAAGUGAAUUUACCAAUCAAUUUAUGAAGCAUAACGCAGGGGAUUUCAAACAAUAAAGGACCGAGGAAACCCAACAUAUGCGGCUUCUAAUUUCUCAGGAAUGUCAAUUAUAUAAUCUUUCUAAAGUUAUUAUAUUCCUUUUGUUUUCCCUUUUGAACUUCUAGUUUUAAUCUUAUUGCAUGAAUGAUUAAAUUUCCUUCAAGUUAGUGAUAUUAAUGAACUUUUGGGUUACUGGAGAACCAUAGUGUAGCAAUUCCUGUUCCCUUCGUAUGUCAGAUGAUAUAAUGCUUUUGCUUUAAGUUAAACAUUGACAAUCAGUAAACAAUAAAUUCAAGUCGAGUUGUUAAAAUGGUAAUUAACAAACACAGCAUCUGACAUCACUAAUUUAGCAUGUGAUCUUUCUUCUGUUCCAAGACUCUGGAAGCUGAAGUUCUAUGAUGUUUAGUUUGGAUACGCAAGGUUAUUACAAGUAUCGUUCCUUGCCGCAUGAGCUUUAAGUUUGAUCACUUGAUAAUACCAUAUCUUUCUCUUAAUAUAGUUAUUGUACUUUAAUUGCUCAAAGAUGUGUCUUUCUAUCAUCAUUUAGGUUAGCAUAACCCUGAUUGCCACUGGAUUCAAUCGCCGCAACGAAGGUGAAGGAAA